AUGAUACGAUAGGCAUCAUCUUCCACCACUAAGCUAAGAAGAUUUUGUAAACACGACGUGGACGUAGUAAAUUUAAUUAGAUUUUAGCCCUUAAAAUGCAGCAAUUUGUGGUAUUUCUGCUGCUGGCCCUAAGCUGCCAGCAAAUCCAUGCCGAACUAACGGCCGCCGAAUGCCGGGAUCUGGGUUUCAUCAAGGCACAAUUAAUGUGUUCCAGUUGUGACAAACUCGAUGAUUUUGGACUGGAUACCAUCAAACCCCAAUGCAAGCAAUGUUGCACUUUGGAUCAACAGCCGGCGGCGCAGCGAACCUAUGCCAAGGCCAUUCUGGAGGUGUGCACCUGCAAGUUCCGGGCCUAUCCCCAGAUUCAGGCCUUCAUCCAAAGCGGCCGGCCCGCCAAAUUCCCCAACUUGCAGAUCAAGUACGUAAGGGGCUUGGAUCCCGUGGUUAAGCUCCUUGAUGCCAGUGGUAAAGUUCAGGAGACGCUGUCCAUCACCAAGUGGAACACGGACACCGUGGAGGAGUUCUUUGAAACGCAUCUAGCCAAGGAUGGUGCUGGCAAGAGUUCUUACAGCGUUGUGGAGGAUGCCGACGGAGACGACGAAGAGGAUUAUCUGCGUACCAAUAGGAUCUGAAAUUAUCAUUCCCCAAAACAGUAGACUAAUAAAUUGAAUUCAUAAAAUCAGAA